GGCGGAGGCGGCCGGGCCGGGCCGUGGCCGUGGCGGUGGCCGUGGCCGGCUCCACCUGAGGGGCCUCCGCCUGCAAACCCCACCCCCGGCCGCUCCCCCGCCGCUGAGGCCCGGCCCAUGGCGAGGCGCUCGGCGGGCUGCGCGGCGGCGCGGGGCGGCCGCUUCCUACCCGUGCCAGACGGGCCCACAGGUAGCGGCGGCCGCAGCUCGGCUGCGCCAUGCGCGACUACGAGGAGGUGACCGCCUUCCUGGGCGAGUGGGGCCGCUUCCAGCGCCUCGUCUUCUUCCUCCUCAGCGCCAGCAUCAUUCCCAACGGCUUUAACGGCCUCUCCAUCGUCUUCCUGGCCGGCACCCCCGAGCACCGGUGCGCCGUGCCCCGCGGGGCCAACCUGAGCGGCGAGUGGCUCAACGCCAGCGCCCCGCUGGAGCUGCGGGGCGGGCGGGCGGUGCCGAGCCGCUGCCGCCGCUACCGCCUGGCCGCGCUCGCCAACUUCUCGGCGCUGGGGCUGCGGCCCGGCUCCGACGUGGAGCUGGGCUCGCUGGAGCUGGAGCCGUGCCUGGACGGCUGGGAGUACAGCCGCGAUGUCUACCGCUCCACCAUCGUCACCGAGUGGAAUCUCGUAUGUGACGACGACUGGAAAGGACCCCUGAGCACCUCCCUGUUCUUUGUGGGCGUCCUGCUUGGAUCUUUCGUAUCGGGACAGCUCUCAGACAAGUUUGGCAGGAAGAAUGUGCUCUUUGCAACUCUGGCAAUGCAGACUGUCUUCAGCUUCAUACAGGUCUUCUCUACCAGCUGGGAGAUGUUUUCAGUGUUCUUUGUGCUGGUCGGCAUGGGACAGAUAUCUAACUACGUGGCAGCAUUUGUUCUUGGCACUGAAAUUCUUGGCCAGUCAAUUCGUGUGCUGUUCUGCACACUGGGCGUUUGCAUAUUCUAUGCAUUUGGCUACAUGUUGCUGCCGCUGUUUGCUUACUUCAUCAGAGACUGGCGGAUGCUGCUGCUGGCGCUUACUUUACCUGGGCUGCUCUGCAUCCCGCUCUGGUGGGUCAUUCCAGAAUCUCCACGGUGGCUGAUCUCCCAGGGAAGAUUUCAAGAGGCAGAGGACAUCAUCCGAAAGGCUGCAAAAACUAACGGCAUUACAGCCCCAGAUGUAAUACUUGACCCUAGUGAGCUGCAAGAUUUGAAGUCCCAGAAGCAACAGACGUACACCAUUUUGGAUCUAAUGAAAACCCGAAAUAUCCUAACUAUCACAAUUAUGUCAGUGAUUCUUUGGAUGAUAAUCUCUGUCGGUUAUUUUGGACUUUCUCUUGACACACCUAACUUGCAUGGAGAUGUCUAUGUGAACUGCUUCCUCUCGGCAGUGAUUGAAGUUCCAGCCUACGUUAUUUCCUGGCUGCUGCUUCGAAAUCUGCCUCGACGGUAUUCAAUGGCUGCUGCGUUAUUCUUGGGAGGCUGUGUUCUUCUCUUCAUUCAGCUGGUGCCUUCACAUAUCCGUGCACUAUCUAUUCUGCUGGUGAUGUUGGGGAAAUUUGGGAUCACAUCUGCCUUUUCGAUGGUUUAUGUUUACACGGCUGAGCUCUACCCAACAGUAGUGAGAAACAUGGGAGUUGGAGCAAGUUCUAUGGCCUCUAGACUGGGCAGCAUCCUCUCACCUUACUUCGUUUACCUUGGUGCCUAUGAUAGAUUCCUGCCUUACAUCCUGAUGGGGAGCCUGACUGUGCUGUCAGGAAUUCUAACUUUAUUUCUGCCAGAAAGCUAUGGUAUGCCUCUUCCAGACACAAUUGAGCAAAUGCUGUUGGUGAAAGGAUUAGAAUACAGACCUGCCUCUAAUGGCACAAGGGAUUCCAAGGAGGAAGAAGAAAAUCCAGAGAUUUUUAAAAGCACAGCUUUUUGAUGGAACUCCUGCGUACUUCCUGGUGGACUCAAAGUUAAAUGGACUUUUCUUCUAUAAUUCAUUCUAGAAAGGGCUAGUGGCCACACUUUGUUCCUGUAAUUUUAACCUUAUUUAUUAAUUUAAACACUGUGUUCCGUACAUUCUCUUUUUAUAUGAACAUACAUACUGUAUAGCCUUCAAAGAGAUUUUUCAGCCACAGUUGUUUUAAUGCAGUAGUACUAUGGAACAAUCUGAUCAAUCCUUUAUAACUUUUAAAUGUAUAGUUCAGCUGAAAGAUACUUGAAAAUGAGUUCAAGAGCAGGCAGGGUACAUGGAUUCCUCAGUGAACCUUCUCCAGAGCUAAUGCACAUCAAGAACUAAAAAUUGCCAGAAAAAGCUGCUAAUUGGGUUUGAGUCCUUGACUUCUGUCUCUGGACAGAAAACUUAUUUAUUAUAGUUAUUACAGUGAAGGUUAUGAGAACAUGCCUUUGUCUGAUCUUAGACAAAUUGCUUUGCAUGUGCUGAAUUUGUUAGGGAAUUCUGAAAGAUGCAAAGGAAGAUUUUGAGAAUUAAUUCUAACUUGAUACGUUUUAACUGAACAUAGGUUGAAAGAGUUGUCUUGCACAAACUGUUUGUAGCACUGAAGUUUUGCUCACAAAAUUCACUUGAUUCCAAUGCUGGUUUUCAACUGUACCUGCAUGGUGAAGUUGUUUACAUCCGACCCUGGAUGUGGCCUGCUUCCAGGCUGGAUUUAUUUUAAAUUAUGCAAAAGGUUUCAUCCAUCUGUGGAGGGAGUGGUGUUAGUUUGGGGUUCUUCCCUUUUUGACGUGUGGUGAAAGUUUGUCUAAAUUGUUUUAAUGUCUUCUGUGCAAUUUGGAUGAUGGAAAACAUUCUCCUGUGUUUGUUCUGUGCCUUUUGCACACGUGCACAUACGCACACAAAUAAUAUAUUUGGAGAUAAAUGUUUGUGUUAAUUUAUGCCACUGCAUUGACCUCGUGGUGGAAUGUACUGAGAACAAAAUUCAGAAUGUAUUUCUGACCACUGGUUCUCAAUUCUCAAGUGCCAACUGUGUGAUUGCUGAGGUCUGUUACUUCACUUAGCUCAUGUAAUUGAUGAUUGUUUCUGAAUUGUUUUUAAAAAAAUCUUGUUGACAAGCUGCCAAGAAAUUGUUCCUUGGGUUGUGGAAGCACCUGUGGCAUUGCCUGUGUUUCUUUAAAUACAUACAAUAUAUAUGUA